CUGCGGACGAAACCGAACUUGCUGGUGGUGACUUCCCGAGUGGGGAGGUGGUGAUGUUUGGACUCUGAUGUUUACACCAGAAUUACCACGAAAGUUUUUUAUUUAAAAACCAACAAAGUUUGUACCACCGAAACGUACACGUGUAGGUGCGAAGAUGGAAAACAAGCGCGGACCCCUCUACAAAAAUGUGAAUGAUUACCCCGGAGGACAGUAACCUACAGAUAAAGUUUACAUGGUUGUACCUCGCCCUCAUAAUUAUUAAAGAUGUCAGGUGGGAAGCUCUUCAGCAAGGUGCGGUCCGCUCUCAGGAGGGAGCGGACCGACUGGGACCUGAGCGACACGGCUCCCUUUGACUUUUCCGAUGAGCUGGUAGAGGAUGAGACGCCCAAAUUCAACAAGCUGAAGGUGGUGGUGUCCGGAGAGAUGUCGGACUAUUCUGCCGGAGCUCCGUCCAACGGGGUGGCGGUGAACACGCUGGUGGUGGCGGACGAUGAUGAUGACUCCCUGAUCGACUCCUCCUCUAGUGUGGGCAGCCCGGGGUUAAACAUGGACCCCUGUGAUAACUGCACCAAGAAGAAGGAGCUGAUCAAGCACAGGAGGGUGAUGAGGAGGCUCGUCAUUGCAGCUAUACUGUAUUUAGUUUUCAUGACAGGUGAAAUUAUAGGUGGUUAUGUGUCAAACAGCUUGGCCAUUCUGACCGACGCUUUGCACAUAUUAGCAGAUGUGGUGGGCAUUUUGUUUUCUCUGCUGGCCCUCUGGCUCUCCACCAAGCCACCCACCAAGAGAUACACCUUCGGACUGCAUCGCCUCGAGGUGGUAUCGGCAGUCCUCAGUGUGAUGCUCAUUUACAUUCUGACGGCCAUACUGGUCUAUGAGGCGGUUCAGAGGACAAUACACCAAGACUUCGACAUAGAUGGAGAUGUGAUGCUCAUCACUGCAGCUGUGGGGGUGGCUGUCAAUAUUAUAAUGGGUUUCUUAUUAAACCAAGGUGGUCACCUCCACUCUCAUGGCCACGGUCACUCCCAUGGCCCAGCAGCUGCCUCAGGUUCUCAGUCGGCUGGGUCGGGUCACCAGCAGAGGCCACAUGGCAGCCUGGCUGUCAGAGCAGCCUUCAUCCACGCAGUGGGAGACCUCCUCCAGAGUGUCGGGGUGCUCAUAGCUGCCUACGUUGUCCGCUUUAAGCCAGAGUUAAAGUUGGCAGACCCCAUCUGUACCUACAUCUUCUCCAUUCUGGUCAUCUUCACCACAUUCCGCAUCAUACGAGACACAAUACUAAUUUUGCUGGAGGGUGUUCCCAAGCACCUGGAUUCUCAGCGAAUCAGAGAGGACCUCUUGAAGUUGGAGGAUGUCCAAUCAGUUGAUGAGCUGAAUGUGUGGGCACUGACUGGUGACAUGACUGCUGCACUAGUACAUCUCCAGCUCACGCCCUCUAGUGCUGACAAAUGGGAGGACGUCCAGGCGAAGGCCCGCCACCUGUUGCUCCACACCCAUGGUAUCACCAGGUGCACAGUGCAGGUGCAGACACACAGGCAGAGGCCGGUGCGCAGUUGUGCAAACUGCCAGCAGCCGAGCGCCUAAAGAGAGACUCAUGCUCACACAUAGACUUCCACAGUGCUUUUUUUUUUGCCAGAAGGCAGAGAACACAGUAAACAAAAGGGUCUGGAUGGAUGUCGCACUGCUGUCACAGCGCAGUGCCAUCACAGGAGCAACAGUAUACAUUAUAUAGGUGGAAAAAGACUGGUGCCAAAGGACAGUCAGUGGAACAAAGGCAGAUGCACGUUUCUAAUUAAAGGAUCACCACAAGCCUCCAGGGACCGGAUGCCCUUAUGCUUGCACAGCUUUCGGAGUGGAGGUUCAAUGCUUCAGCUGAGAAGAAAAAAAACUUGCUCUUAAUUCACCAUUAAAGCCUAUUCCAGCAGGUAACUUUUUUUGUAUUUUAAUGUUUGAUUUGUCACAGCUGAUGUUUUGUCAUCAGAUGUAAAUUUAACUUUUUGUUACUGAGAGGACUAAGAUUUUUAUUAUUUUACCGAGGAUGUCAGCAGAUGAAAAGGUACCUCAUGUCAUUUGAUAAUAACUGUGGUCACAGUACAUAUAAGCUGUACUCCUCACCACUGGCAUGAGUGAGGCAAAAAACCUUUAUCAUUGUGUCCCUUUAGUAGAAUUUACAUGUCAUCAAAUGCACUUAAUUAUUAAAAUUCUUCAGCCAAAGUCUGUUGUAAGGCAGAUUUUUUUUUUUUUUUUAAAAAGACAAGAAUCUUAGAUAUUCUUCGAAGUAGUCCACAUUGGCUGCACUGACCAACAGUUAAAAUAACAAAUAAUAAUUUUUUGACUGAUAUUUUAUUCUAGCACGUCUCUUAAUUCAUAGUGCUGAGCAGGCAACUGACAAUCAAAGUGUGACUGACUUUGAAUAAUGGUAAAUGCUAGAGCGGUUGAACCAACUUCAGUAUGGUUUCAGCCUCACACUAUACAUAUAUAUUCAGCUUUCUUUUCAUAUCAGUGACUGACAGUGUACUAAUGCAGACAAGUUUGUGAAAUCUACAGUAUUUCAGAGUUGCAGUGUUUUGAGGGAGGAAGAUGUGAGUUGAAAUUUGCCAAUUAUGGUGUUUAUAGUGUUUUCUCUGUCAAGUGUUGAGAGGCUGUGGGGGGUUUAUUGCAAACCUUUCCCUGUCUCAGAUUUUAAUCAUCAAGGGAAAUCAGGAACUGGAUCACUGUUUUUGUUUGUAAUAAAGCAUUUAAUCUUU